GGCGGGAUCGCUCCGCUUUGGAGUUGUUCAGGAGUUGCGGCCGGUGAUCGGGAGUUGCCUAGUCCGUGGGCAGGGAGAGUCCCGCUGCCGCUAUGUCCCAUUCGGUGGUCCUGCGUGGCCCUUCGCCGUGGGGUUUUCGUUUGGUGGGCGGUAAAGAUUUCAGCGCCCCGCUGACCAUCUCCCGGAUUAACCCUGGUAGUAAAGCAGCCAUGGCGGACUUGUGCCCAGGAGACAUUAUUCUGGCAAUUAAUGGGGAAAAUACAGACAACAUGACACAUCUAGAAGCGCAAAACAAGAUCAAAGCAUGUGUGGACCAGCUGCUGCUCUCUGUGAACAGAGCUGAAGGGAAGACCUGGUCACCCCCUGUCCUGGAAGAUGGCAAGGCUCAAGCAUACCGAGUCAACAUUGAGGCGGACCCACAGGACAGUGGCCCUGCCCAGAGCAGGAGGUUGAUACCGCAUGGAUCUGGGGGCAGCCUCAUGGAAAACAAGCAGAUGCAGGACAUGCAGCAUCACCAACCAACCUGGCUCUACACGAACAACAGCUCUGAGUUGGCACUUCCAGGCCAGCUGAGUGGACUCCACAUCACUCCUGCCCACAGCAUUGAACCCAUGAAGUCUCUCCCACGGAACAGAAAUGGGAUUGAUGUGGAGUCAGAUGUCUACAAGAUGCUUCAGGAUUAUGAAAAGCCCAUUUCAGAGCCAAAGCAGUCUGGAUCCUUCCGGUACUUACAGGGCAUGUUGGAGGCCAGUGAGAAUGGUGAAAAACUCAACAAACUGAGCAACCCGCAGAACAUCAAGUCCCCAGUGCCAAAGCUUGGUGGUCCCAUGUCUGGGCUGCAGAUGCUUCCUGAGUGCACCCGCUGCAGGAAUGGGAUUGUGGGCACCAUCGUCAAGGCUCGGGAUAAACUCUACCACCCUGAGUGCUUCAUGUGUGACGACUGUGGCCUCAACCUGAAGCAGAGAGGGUAUUUCUUCAUUGAGGAGCAGCUGUACUGCGAGACGCAUGCCAAGGAGAGGGUUAAGCCUCCCGAAGGAUAUGAUGUGGUAGCUGUUUAUCCAAAUGCUAAAGUUGAACUCGUCUAAGCCUGGGCUGCUCUGGAGAGGUCAGGUGGCCACCCACCCACAUCCUCCUGCUGGUUGUGAGCAGUGGGGCUGUAAUCAACUCUGAUUACCAAAGCUAAAGUUAAAAUUCCUUUUCCUAGAUAAAACUGUUUACACUUGGGAUCUCCGGGGAAUGGUGUUGAAAGCAUUCAAACAGGUUUUGCCUUUUUUUUUUUUUUGACACUCUGCUUUUUUGCUCUGUUGGGUUAUUAGUCUGUGCUGUAAUCUUAUCCAAGAUCUGUGUAAAUAUUCAUUAAUUCUCUACUCUCUUCUAUAUAAAACCUAUAUUCCUUUUUUUCUUUUUUUUUUGUGCCGUCUUUCUACUAAAGAUGUUUUAGAAGAUGUUUUAAAAGCUCAAAGAAAAUAAGGCACUUUAACAAAAGAAGCUAUCUCUUAUGUCCUGACCCUAAUGUCCUGUCCUGUGGUUGCCCCAGUGAUUAAAAACCAUCCCCUGAGAGUCAGGGCAAUACCAGUGGGUGACUUGCUCAGCUGCAUCCCAGCUGUUGUGCCAAGGAAGGAUGGUCUCUUAAAACAGUAGUUGUAGUGAAACUCUCUGGACCAGGGCAGUGCAGUUUGAGGCUGACAAGGUCUGAUUCAAGUUUCCAAGAGAGCUCCACACUGAGUGUGUGAUGAGGCUUUUUUCUUCCUUCUUCUAAUUCAGUUGUUCUAUUCUCUAAUCACUCAAGCACACCUUGAAAGGGCACUGUAGUAGUCUGGAACACUUUUUGAUUAUCCCCCCUUCCUGCAUUUCUGCCCACAGCUGCUUUUGCUUUGGCCAUUGUGACUAUUCCCUAGUUUUUGCUUAAAUUUUUCAGUCCUUUAUUUCUAGAUCCUCAGAUUGCUGCUAUCUGGGUCUGCCUCCAGCAGGGACGGAGGUGAUAAAAUCCCUUCAGGCACUUAGGGAAUAACUGGAGCUUGGGUGAGCCCUAAGUACCAGGGCAGCAGGAUUGUAUUUAUACCCAUCUCUCAAGGCUGUGCUUUCAGCCAGGUUCAUCAUCCACUUUAUUUGACAGGGAAAAGAUUUUGUGGAUCUUGAAAUGUUUCUUUGUUAGAGAAAUGUGGUUUUUUUCAUGUUAGUACUUAGAGGAAGGAGAAGGAGAGUUGCUCAGCUGCUGGCUACUGCUGUGCAAGGUGAUGGGAACUGUAUUUGAUACCAUGAAGUUACUUCAGGCUCAAAUUUCUUCCUCCUCACUUUGAGAGAGGAAGGAUAUAGGGGAGAAAAAGAAAUGCUUGUGCUUGCUUUCUUUUCAUGAAAAAAGAAAAUAAGAAAUGGGGCGAUGGGCAAAGCACCCCUUCCCAUCCUAGCUCUCCAUAAGAGGGAAAAUAGGGGAUUGGAGGAGGGUUGGGAGCAUGAUCCUAGUUGGGGCUGAGUGGGUAAUUUCUUCCUACAGAUUCUUUCCCCCAGAAGGGAUUUUAGGGUGUUGCUGGUCUCCACCUAGACCUCUUCAUGCAGUGCCUUACAGGGAUGCAGCAGCUCCUCACCAGUGCCUUGCAGCCUCCCAGCAGCCCCAGGCACCCUCCAGCUGGGUACCACUGGCUGUGUGCAUUCCUGCUAGCAGCAGGACAUCCACCUCUCCCUCAUUCUGUCAUCAGGAUAUUUCAAUUAAUAAAGUACAAGAAACAUGGACAUUUUUAUCACAGUGCUGAAGCAUGUUCUUGUAUUUGCAUGGCCUUGCUUGUCAGUUGGACCCUCUGAAGGGCAACAUUUGGGACAAGUGUAAAUGAGAAGAUAUUGCAGUCAGGUGGGAAGCAUUUCUGCCCUGGUUUGCAGGGCUCUGCUUGGAGCUCCUUAGGUUGCCCUUGCCAGAAACAUUUAUUCUGAAUUCCUCUGUUAUACACUGCUGGUUUGAGCUCUAGUGCUUGUAGCUUGAGAGUUCAGACUUCACCCAAAUCCAGGACUGAAUACAGCUUGGCUGCAUGAUCGAAGACUCACAACACAGGAUCCCUUUCCCUGUUUUCCAGGCAGACUGUUGGAGCUGCCAGUGGUGCUGUUUGUCACUCCUUGUGGCUCUUGUCCCUUUUUGACUGGACCUGCAUGGUGGCCAUGUCCUGCAGGAUGCCAGGAGUCUGCAACCCUGAUACAGGGAACACCAAGAAGUUCAUAAGUUGGUUCAUUGCCCUCAUUUUAAACACCCAGCUUAGCUGGCUGCUGCCAGGGCACCUCGGUGGUCUUGCUUGCUGCCACACCAGUACAGCAUUGGGAAUGCUGGGCAUGGAGCUGUUCUUUUAAUUUGAUCCCAAGUUUCCUCAAAUCAGUAUUUCCACAUGGCAUCUCAUGAUACUCACUCUUAGGAGUAAUCAAUUCACCUGAUCCCCCUGCAGAGCUUGGAGUUGCCUCCCAGGCCAAUCCCAGGGCACAUGGUUUCCUGGCUUUAGGCCACCCUGUUCCUGUUGUGAAGCUUGCAGGAGCAGCCCCAAGUGAGUGUCACCUUCUCUGUCAACAGAUAAUGCUGUUAAAUGCUGUAAAAUGUGGAGGGAGGGUGCUGUUUGUAUGAAACAAAAAAUAAAAUUGUAUUACGGGUUUUGUCUCACAUCA